AGAGACCUGAAAAAUUGUAAGGUGAAGUGAAAAUUAUAAAAAAAGUGAAAAUAUAUAGUUUUUGGUAAAUUAUUGUGCAACUUACGUCGAGAAAACAAUGAACAUGUAUAACGGACAGGUAAAUGGUUAUAUGGGCGGCCCACCAACCGGCGGCAUGCCCAACAAUCGUAUGGGCAAUAACGGCGGCGGUCCUGGCAUGUUUCAGCGCAACCGCACAGCUCCUUACGUACGCGGAGGAGCUGCUGGCGGCGUAAGUGGCGGUUUCAAUGGCAAUCGCAUGAAUGGCGGCGUUCCCGGACCACGCACCGACAAUAUGUAUGGUGGUCAGAACAACAAUCGCACUUCGACACAUGGCGCUCAUUUGCCAAAAAUUAUAUGGUCCGAAGUAGCGCUUACUCCAUUCCGCAAGAACUUUUACAAGCCAUGCGACUCGGUACUAGCCCGUACCCAAGUCGAAACAGAUAGUUUCCUGAGCAGUAAUGAAAUCACUAUAAAGGGCAAUGAAGUGCCAACGCCCAGCAUUGAGUUUGAAGAGGGUGGUUUCCCUGAUUAUGUUAUGGAUGAGAUACGCAAGCAGGGCUUUGCUAAGCCGACUGCUAUACAGGCACAGGGUAUGCCUAUUGCUCUGAGUGGUCGCGAUUUGGUGGCCGUGGCCCAAACAGGCUCCGGCAAGACCUUGGCCUAUGUGCUGCCCGCUGUGGUGCACAUUAAUAACCAGCCGCGCCUGGAGCGCGGAGAUGGACCCAUUGCCCUUGUGUUGGCACCCACCCGUGAGUUGGCCCAACAGAUUCAGCAAGUGGCCAUCGAGUUUGGCUCGAACACGCAGGUGCGCAAUACCUGCAUCUUUGGCGGCGCCCCCAAGGGUCAGCAGGCGCGUGAUUUGGAGCGUGGUGUUGAGAUUGUAAUUGCCACACCAGGACGACUAAUUGAUUUUCUAGAGCGCGGCACUACCUCGCUAAAGCGUUGCACCUAUCUGGUGCUGGACGAGGCUGAUCGUAUGCUGGACAUGGGUUUUGAGCCCCAGAUACGCAAGAUUAUGCAGCAGAUACGCCCUGAUCGUCAGGUGCUCAUGUGGUCGGCCACAUGGCCCAAAGAAGUGCGCCAGCUGGCCGAAGAGUUUCUUAACAAUUACAUUCAGGUGAACAUUGGCUCUCUCUCGCUGAGCGCCAAUCACAACAUACUCCAGAUUGUCGAUGUAUGUGAUGAGUCGGAGAAGAUCAUGAAGCUGAUACAGCUGUUGACGCAGAUCUCUAGCGAGAAUGAAACCAAGACCAUCAUAUUUGUGGAGACCAAGAAGCGCGUGGAUGAGAUCACACGCAAUAUAUCGCGUCAGGGUUGGCGCGCAUGCGCCAUACAUGGCGACAAGUCGCAGCAGGAACGCGACUUUGUGCUGUCGAGCUUCCGCAACGGACGUCAUUCCAUUUUGGUGGCCACCGAUGUGGCUGCCCGCGGAUUGGAUGUUGACGACGUCAAGUUUGUGAUCAAUUAUGAUUAUCCUUCGAACUCGGAGGACUACGUGCAUCGCAUUGGCCGUACCGGACGCUCCAAUAACACGGGCACGGCUUACACCUUGUUUACGCAUUCCAAUGCCAACAAGGCCAAUGAUUUGAUCCAGGUGCUGCGUGAGGCCAAUCAGACUAUCAAUCCCAAGCUGAUGAACAUGGCACAGAACAGCGGCUACCAGAAGCGUGGUAACAUGGCCUAUCGCGGCGGUGGUGGUGGCUACCAAGGACGCAACCAGCAAAUGGGCAACUAUCGCAACAAUCAAAACAACAACAAUCCACGCAACAACAGCAAUAACGGCUACAAUGCUGGCGGUCCACCACGCUACGAUCAGAAGAUGCAGCGCAAUUCGCCGCCAAUUCAGGGCACAGGUUUUCGUCCUCAGAGCAAUGUGUAUCAACAGCAGCAGCAGCAGGCGCAGUCGGUGCUGCAGCAGCAGCAGCAGCAGCAACAGCAACCCGGCAUGCAAUUCUCGCGUUUCAAUCCAAAUGCUGCCUGCUUUGAGCCCAAGACACAGCAGCAGCAGCUGCAGCAACAGCAGCUACAGCAACAGCAGAUGCAGCAGCAACAGCCGGGCGGACAGGCUGCGCAUCUAGCAGCAGCUCAGGCAGCGGCUGCCAAUGCCGCCGCCGUUGCCGCUGGCUAUGGCUAUGGUGUGGAACAGAAGCGUUCACGCUUUGCGCUCAACUUUAAUAUGCCGCCACCGUCGAUGCCGCAACAGCAGCAGCAGCAGCAACAGGCACCGCAGCAGCAGCAAUCCCAGCAGCCACCAAUGCCCACUGGCGCACCUCCAGCAAUGUCCAGCCAGGCUUAUGGUGCCUAUGCCAGCAUGCCCAGCAAUAUGGCAGCAGUAUCCUUGAAUGGCGGCGGCGCACCCAGCAUACCAGCCAGCGCCUAUCGGGCUCCAUAUGCGAUGCCGUAUGUGAUGCCGCCACCACCAAUGCCCGUGCAGAAUUAAAUGAGACAGUAAAGCCAAAUUGUAGGAGUCGAACUUGAAGAAGACCGGAGUAUUAAGUAGGUCGUCACCCCGGGUUCUGUGCUCUAUUGUAUUUUCCUUUUCUUCACACACACACAAACACACAUUAUACACACACACACACACACACACACAUACAGUCAGCAUAAGAAGCUUGAGUAUGGAAAACAUGUUAGAUACACAACGGGGUCCUAGACUUGUGUAGAUCUCCUCCGCCCAAAACAUUUUAGCAUUAUAAUAUGGUUUAAUCUGGAAUCAAAUACGCUUGCAAUUUGAUAAAUUCCUACAUUCACUCUCUCUGUACACACACUCACACCCACACACACACCCACAAGCAUACACAUUACUGUAGUUUUUAAGCUCUUGGUUUAGUCAAAUUUUGAGGGCAUUCUAAGUGCCGCGUGCGUUGUUGGCAUUUAACUUUCCAAGCCCUAGCGUAUUUGAUUUCUGUACUUUUUCUCGAAUAUAUAUAUACAUAUAUAGUAAAUGGCUAUAUCUAUUGUAUUAUCAAACAACAAACAGGCUAAUUCAAUUGUAUGCAAAGAUAUUUCAUUUGCAAUGCUCCAACUAAACAAACAAUUUAAAAAACGUAAAUAUAAUUAAUAUAUAUAUGUAUUCGCGUAUACAUAUAUACAUAUGUAUAUCACAUAAUACCAUACUGACACAAAGACAAACAAUGUCAAUUUCUUAGAAUCAAAUGCGUAUUAUUAUUAUCAUCUUAAACCAUAUUAAUGUGAAUAGUCUAAUUGAUUGCUUAGCUGAAACUUACACAACAACAAAAAACUUAAAUUCACAACAAUAAAUUAUCGAAAUAAAUGUACAAUUCCAUUAUAUAUAUAUACAACAUCUGAAUUGAUCUACGGUUUAUGAAUAAAGGAA